UCUGGUUGUGUCAGGCUUUCAGCUUGAGCGGUCGCUCGAUUGCUCAGUGCUUUUGUAAUUCUCAUAACAGUAAAAGUUUUUUUUAAUAUUUUACAUGUUCAAUCAACUAAACGAUAAUUUAUGUUAAUAAAAACAUAUUAAAACGAUUGAAAAGGGUGCAAUUGCAUUUACAAGAAAUGGGUCGAUACAGGAGUCGCAGUAGAGAUAGAGACCGGGAUCGACGUCGGAGAUCCCGCAGCCGUUCGAGGAGUCGAUCUCCACGAGAUAGACGUGGUUGGGGUGGAAGUAAUGGUCGAGAUCGUGGUGGAAAUAAUCGAGGUGGUAGAAAUCAACCUGGUGCUAAUCUCCGGAAACCACGAUGGGAUUUAGGACGCUUAGAGCCCUUCAAAAAAGAUUUCUACAUACCUAGUAAUGCUGUUUUAAAUCGUGAUCCUCGGAUCAUUGAACAAUAUAGAAGUGAAAAAGAAAUUACAUUGAGGGGGAAAAAUAUACCUAAUCCUGUCUUUAGUUUCGAAGAGGCUGGAUUUCCUGAUUAUGUUAUGAAAGAAAUUAAACGACAGGGAUUUAAAGACCCGACAUCAAUCCAAGCUCAAGGAUGGCCGAUUGCACUCAGCGGUCGUGAUAUGGUUGGAAUUGCAUCAACUGGUUCUGGAAAAACUUUGUCAUACAUAUUACCAGCUAUUGUUCAUAUUAAUAGUCAACCAAAGCUUUGUAGAAAAGAUGGCCCGAUAGCAUUGGUUCUAGCACCUACCCGCGAACUUGCUCAACAAAUUCAACAAGUUGCAGAUGAAUUUGGUCAUACUUCUGGAAUUAGAAAUACGUGUUUAUAUGGUGGUGCUCCAAAAGGUGCUCAAGCUAGAGACCUUGAUAUUGGAGUUGAGAUUGUGAUAGCUACGCCAGGAAGACUUCUUGAUUUUCUCGAGUCAGGAAGGACUAAUUUGAAGAGAUGUACAUAUCUAGUUUUAGAUGAAGCUGAUCGUAUGUUAGAUAUGGGUUUCGAACCUCAAAUAAGAAAAAUUAUUGAACAAAUUAGACCUGAUAGACAGACUCUUAUGUGGUCUGCAACGUGGCCAAAAGAAGUUAAAAAUCUUGCUGAAGAUUUUCUGAAAGAUUAUACACAAAUUAAUGUUGGAUCCCUUCAAUUGUCGGCAAAUCACAAUAUUUUGCAAAUAAUUGAUGUUUGCCAGGACUACGAAAAAGAAACAAAAUUAAGUACACUUUUAAAGGAAAUAAUGGCUGAAAAAGAAAAUAAAACAAUUGUAUUUAUUGAAACGAAACGUAGAGUAGAUGAAAUAACAAGAAAAAUGAAGCGUGACGGUUGGCCAGCUGUGUGUAUUCACGGAGAUAAGACCCAACAAGAACGUGAUUGGGUUUUACAAGAUUUUCGAUCUGGUAAAGCUCCAAUUCUCGUGGCAACUGAUGUAGCAGCUCGUGGACUUGACGUUGAAGACGUCAAGUUUGUUAUCAACUUUGACUAUCCAUCAUGUUCUGAAGACUACGUACAUCGUAUCGGUCGUACCGGUAGACGACAAAAAACCGGAACAGCUUACACUUUCUUUACACCAAGUAAUUCAAAUAAAGCUAAUGACUUAAUUCAAGUAUUGAAAGAAGCUAAUCAAGUCAUCAAUCCAAAAUUAUUAGAGCUUGUAGACAGUCGAGCUGGAGCCUUUGGUAGACAAAAAGGUAGAAAUCGAUGGCGUACUCGUACACCAAGAAGUGGAAAGGAUCGAAGCUAUUCAAGAAGUCGCAGUCGAAGUGUGAGCAAAGAACGAAAUGGUCGAGGAGGAAGACGAAGUUAUAGUCGCAGCUAUUCGAGGAGUCGGAGUCCGGUGAAUAAUCGUACAGGCAAGUCAUCAGCCAGUCCACCAACGGGUGAGGAUACUUUUUCGACUCGAACUUUGAAAACUCAACCCUUUCAACACCAUCCAGCUCCUUUACCUCCUUUACCACCUCCUUCAGCUCCAUCUGUAUUACCUCCUCUCCCUACUGAACCGGAAGAAAGGCCACCAGGAAACACAAUUCAUCUUCGGCAAAUCCCAACGAUGCCCCAUCUACUUCGCACGGGAUCGUCGAUCCUAUCUGGGCCAGCCGUGGCGCCUGGUUACCACCAACGUCAUGGUGACGGUGGAACUUCACCUGGCGUUAAUAUUCUCACGUCAAUGCCACCGUUACCGGGCCCUGGAGGUGGGGUUGGUUAUCCUAAUGGUUUGCCAGCCUUGCCGUACUAUCAGCUGCCCCCACAGCCCAUGCAUUCUACCAAUGGCUUUCAUCGCUAGUGGCAGUACCUCUGCUCUGCCAAUUUCAUAACCACAAGAAAUCAUCGGCAAAAGCUACUGGAAUAGCGAAAGAUAAUUAACUUCGGAAUCUCUCUAACAUUCAAGAGAUAUACAACUUUACGCUGUCAAUAAACGUAUUAGUUGUAUAUGCUGUCAUCAAUCGUGAUUAUUAAUUUUUCAACGGUUAAAGGAUAAAACUAAUAAUCGUUUGUGAAUGUCAUAUAAUUUUAAUAUUUAAUUUUAUUACUCACUUUAACAUCGACGAAAAUGUAAUUAAUAUUUCAUUUUUUUGUAUUUGCAAACUCUACAAGGUUGUU